AGCUCUGCUUUGCUGUGAGCUGUCUGGGUUGCCCACAGCCAUGCUGCUCUUUGGACUGACCAUCUAGCACUGUGGGGCUGGGUGACACACAGGGGAGCGAGCAAGGAGAUGAGACCAAUGUGGGGAUGGGGAGCAGCAAUGUGUGGUUGUGCACAGAGCUGAGCCUGUCCCUGAUAUGGGGCCAUGCUGUGUAUGGGGGCCAGCAGCCUGAGGUUUGACCCUGGGAUCCCAUUACAGGGAGGCCAACAGGCAGCACUGUGCCACCUAUCCCUGCCCUCUGACGCCUGAUGCUGGCUCCACACCCACUCCCUGGCAGGGUUCAGGCUUUAAAACUCGAACGGGUUCCUCUGCAUUCACAGCCCGGGUGCUGCCCUGUCCUCGCUCCUGCCUUUACGCAACCAGCUCGCAUGAAACGCGCAGCCACCUCCUUGCUGUUAUAUAGGCACCCCGCUCUCCAGCCCGGCUGGUGCUCAGCGCUGGGGACAGCAGUGGAGCGGAUGGAGAGGACCCUGCCCUGGGGCCCUGCAGAAGCUGGGAAGUGCCCGCGGUCUGCAGCUCAGGGAUGGCUGAGACCUCACCAAGCAAGGAAGGAGCCCCUGCUGAGUGCCCCGUCUGCUACGAGAAGUUCCACCCCCUGGAACACACACAUCGCCAGCUCAGCUGCGGGCACGCCUUCUGCCACGACUGCCUGGUGAAGUGCCUGCUCUCUGCCAAGCUGGACGGCCACAUCCAGAGCAGCAUCAUCUGCCCUGUGUGCCGCUACGUCACCUUCCUCAGCAAGAAGAAGGCGCUGUGGCCGUCCAACCCACGGACACUGGAAAUGCCCCUGUCACCGUCCUCCUUAUCCCAGCUGACCAAACUGGAGAGCAGCAACACCCUGGUGGUACCCAGUCACUUUGUGAUGCCGGUGCAGAGCUUGGAGAGGUGCAGCCCCACGGGUGCACAGGGAGAGUUGGCACGUGGAGCCCAUAUCUUCAUCAUCAGCAGGCAUGGGAUGCCACUGGUGGACACGGACUACUCCUCCCUGCGGAGAGAAAGCCAGGCAGAGACGCAGAGCACCAUGUCCUCCAGCUCGGCCCUGGGGCUGCAGUUCUGCCAGUCGCCCAUUGCUCUGGCAGUGCUGCUCAUCCUCACUGUGGCCCUGUUGGCAGCUGUGUUGCCCUGGCUGCUGCUGGUCAAGAGGGACUCACAGUGAGGACAGGAGAGACUGUGAUGGUGGAGGAAUGGUGCUGAUGCUGGGGCUGGCACCUUCCCAGAGAAAGCCUGGAUGCAGCUCCAGGGGAAGUUUUCCCAUCUGCCCAUGAAUCUGGGAUGUUCCUGAAGAUCUCUGGGUGCUCACAUGCUAGAGGUGUUGCCUCAUUUGGUUGAAAUGUGGCUGCUUGAGUCCUGUUAGAGGGAUCCUUCUGUGUUUUAGUGGUGUGGUGGAGCCAGAAGGACCCAGCUCACAGCCCUGCCCUCCCUCAGCCCUGCUCUCAGGUCCCCCAGAGGUGUCCAUGCUCCUGCUUAUCACCAUGUCCCUCCUGCCCUGGGCACCCAGGGACAGGCAGUGGGCAGGGAGUGAAGGCAUAGAUCUGGGCUGCAUCAGGGGUGGCUCUGGGGAUUCCAUCCUGUCCCCACAUCAGGGGGAGGUGUGGACGUCUGAGAGGUGUACGUGAGAUUGGGGUUCCCCCAUGCCCACUCCAAAAGAAGUCACAGUCACAGUGACUGUGGUGCUCAGGAAUGCACUUUGGUGCUUUCACAGGUCCCUGACACGCGGAGUAGGAGCAGGAUGUCCCUUGCUGUCAUUGUCAGGAUUGUGGCACGUAGCUCCUACAGUGAGAAUCCUUCUUGCUGGGCAUCAGGGGGCUGCAGUGCUUUGGGAUCACCCAGGACAUUUCAAGAGGACAAAUAAAAACUGCCCAGUGUUAGAAAUGCUGCUCAGCAGGAAAUUCCCAUGGCAGCCCUAUGGCCCAUCUCUGAGCAAAUGCAGGGCAUCGCUCAUCCACCCCUGGGCCUGUUUCAAUAGCUGUGUACCAGGUGUAAUGACACUGACCCCUGCAUUGGGAGACUGCUCAGGGAAAAGUACCUGAGACACUGCACUGGAAUGGAAAUCUUAUUUCAUAAGAAAUAAUUACCUGCCAAUAAUGCGUCCCUGCCUCCUCAUUUAAUAAUUGCCCUCAUUAUUAUUACUCUGGAUGUUGGGGAGGUACUGGAGGGUGCCAGGGAGCCAGCCCCUGGCAUAUAGGGCUGCUGAGGGGCAGGCAGGGCUGGGAGAGCCCACUUUUGACUGCUGGAG